UUCUUAUUUUACUUAUUAGCUAGUGUUUUUGCAGGUAACUCUACUAGAAAAGUUUUCAUUGAUAAUGACGGUAUCACUCCAUUGAAUGUUUUCCUCCCUCUUUUAGCUGAUAUGGAUAUUCUUGGGCUUUCAGCCAGUUUCGGGGAUCCCUCUUAUGUUGAUUCUUUGGGUAGAGCAAGUGAUUUAGUUCAAAACUAUACUUUGGGAUCUUGUAUUCCAUUAUAUGGUGGUGCAUCAACUCCAUUGAUUAGAACUGAAAAAACUUUCAAUGCCUGGCAAUCGUUAUAUGGAGAAUUUGUUUGGAAAGGUGCAUGGGAUCCUAAAUAUAAUGAUACUCAUCUGUGGGAUAAAAUUGUCUACAAUAGUUCUACUCCUGCAGCUUGGGAAUUGGUUAAAGCUGUUAAAGAACAUCCAAAUGAAGUUGAAAUAUACGCUGCCGGUUUAAUGACUACUGUUGCACAAGCCAUUUCAUUAUAUCCUUCACUUCCUCAAGAAGCAAAAGCCUUAUGGAUAAUGGGUGGUUAUAUCGAUGGUCAAUAUGACCAAGUUACUGGUGGUGACAUUGUCGAUGAUAUCAACACCGAUUUCAAUCUUAUGAUUGACCCAGAAGCUGCUCAUAUUGUUUUAACAGCCAAUUGGACCGAUCUUUAUAUUGGAGGUAAUGUUACCAAUUAUCUUUUCCCAACUCAAGAAUUAUAUGAUUCUUUAAUCCAUAAGUUUGGGAAACAAUCAAUUGAUAAUGAACCUAAUCACGUUGCUAUUAAAAACUUCAUUGGUAAUGGUAAUGCAAGCUCAGUUUUCUUACCAUUAUGGGAUGAAGCAGUUUCAGCCUAUAUGGCCUUCCCUGAAUUAAUCCAGAAUUAUACCGAGGUAAAAGUAUCUGUUGAUACUUCAUUCAAUUCUCCUUUCUAUGGCAAUUUAAGAAUUUGGCCAUCGAACUUAGCUCCAAAAGCUGCUAAUAUCGGAAAGGCCAAAUAUAUUAAUUCUGUUAAUAAAACUGGAGUCAUUCACAAAAUUUACGAUGCUUUCGGUAAAGACUGGACCAAGUACUGCUCUCACGGCGUUAGAGACUUAUAAAUAUACCCCUUGUUACUAACCAAUCGUCUUAUAGUUUAGUUUAUACAUCAAUAAAAUGUCAAGUUAAUGCGCAC